AUGACAAGAGAAGGUGUCAGCGCAUUCGUUUCCUGGCCUGGGGCUCCUCUAACAAAUCGCCUGGUCGUGAGCGCUCUCGAUCACAUUGGACUUGGCUCGAGCUUGAUUACCCAAACGCCAACCAAUUCCUCUGAGGACAAGCUCGUGCAAUGGGCUACAUACGACGCAAUCGACCACGAUCUAACGCAUCAACGUCCCUCUUACGUCCUGUCCUCCUCCUACGUCUUUCGCAAGGCCCUCAUCCGAAAGCACUAUCUCUCGAGAUGUAUCCACUCCUAUCUCGUGAAGCAUCCCGAGUCAGUACUUUCCAGCGUUGCGCCACAAACUUGGGAACUUGAGCUAUCUUUUGUGGAUGAGCUGGAUGAUAUGUGGGCCGAUGAGUUGUGGGAUCUGGGAGAAGCUUUGGAGAACGAGGGUGGGAAACGGUGGUUCAUCUUGAAACCCGGGAUGGCGGACCGUGGGCAGGGGAUUAGGUUGUUCAACUCGAAAGAUGCGUUGCAGCAGAUAUUCGAAGGCUUUGAGGAGGAUAGUUGCGAUGAGGACGACCAAGCAGGACGGGAUAGUACGGCCGUUAUGACUUCGCAACUCAGACACUUCGUGAUACAGGAAUAUCUCGACACGCCGCUUCUAGUUGAUCCGCGUUCUACUUUGUCUCCACCUGAAGUAGAGAAGCUUGAGGGGCAUAAGUUUCACCUUCGAGUGUACUGUGUUGCAACGGGUGCCAUGUGCCUGUACAUGUACACGCGCAUACUAGCCCUAUUUUCUUCAAAAGCCUACGAAUCACCGCAAUCGGGGGACGGAAAUGAGGUCGCCAAUGUUGACUUGGCUCCUCACCUCACGAACACUUCAUUGCAAGCCAACAAAGGCGAAGAAGGAGUACGCUUACUCGAUGAGCUCGUGGGUUUGAAGAUCCUGUCUAGGUCGGGCGAUCGAACAGACUUGAGCGAAGAGCACUUGCAAGCGAUCCAUGCGCAGAUGGCCGAGGCACUCGCAGAAACUUUCAAGGCGGCCCUCGCGACACCUAUACACUUCCAGCCCGCCCCCAAUGCCUUCGAGCUCUACGGGAUAGACUUCCUGGUCUCCGAUGAAACACCCUCUGGUGCAAGCACGCCAUAUUUCCAAGUGAAGCUUCUAGAGAUCAACGCGGAGCCCGCGAUCGAGCUCACCGGACCCCGGCUUACGUGGAUCCUCGAAGAUCUAUUCAAGUCAAUAGCUGAAGUAGCUGUCCUACCGUUCUUGGAGCCCGGAAAGACGGAGGACUGGGCGGUUGGCGAGACGAAACAUCACCUCCGAAAGUGCCUAGACACUGAAGUGCGAGGAGCAGCAGGGUGGUAA